ACGGCGAUUUCGUCUUCUCCAGAAGCACCUCAGACGAUGUCAGAAGUUCAGAAGGUCGUCGACGAUGACGAAGACGAUGAGUGGGGAGAUUUUGGAGAAGCCGUGGUGGCUGCAGCCCCAAUUCAGAAUACUAACCCUCCACCUACCGUACCACCGCUCCAGAUGGCUUCUAACGAUGAGGAUGACGACGAUUGGGGAGCAUUCGAUCAGGCUAGACCAUCGACCGAUCGCUCGGAUGGGCCAAGUCAGCUAGCUCACCAGCAAUCGCUAGAGGAUUGGGGAGCAUUUGAGGAGACCCAGAAGACGUCAACCACCAACGAUGACAAUGAGGAUGAUGAGUGGCAAGCGGAGUUUAGCUCGGCUUCCACGGCAUCUACAGUAAUCCCAGCGGAGAAUCUGAAGACGCUUGAAGAGAUGCUGGAAGACGACGCGUUUUGGGACGAUGGAUAUUGUGAGGCUAUGGAGCUAGAAGAAAUCUCGGAGAAUGAUUCUUCUUCUUCUUCUCCGCUGGACAUCCCAGCACUAUUUGAUACGGAAGAGCUUAAAGAGCUGACGAACGAAUUUGAGGACUUGGAGAAGGCGAAAUACUCAAAACUAUGGCUAUCGCUUCGUGUCAUCGAGGAGGCGAUCUCGCAAGAACAGAAGACGUCGACGUCUCCAGCAGUCGACUCCCCAUCAGUUCCAGCCGUGGACUUUGAUUGGGACACGUCCGGCCUGACGAAUCCGAUGAAUCGAGCGAGUAAGCAACUGCACGAAAUGAGCCAAAAGUGUCGACGAUUUGUGUGUAGAGCCACGACUGAUUGCAUAAACUUGUUGAAAUGCAACCUCCUUCUUGCUUCAUUUAACCCCUACAACACAAAAACAAUGCAAAUUCGCUCUGUUGUGAAUGCUCUAACCCACCGCUUUCCUAACCUUUGGAAGCCUUUUUCCCGGAACUUUGGUUAUAAGGAAGCAUACCAGUGCUCGGCGAUCAUCGACGUGGAUUUUCUCGGCAGCAACGGCGUUGCGACAGCGUACACCAGCACGCUGCAACAGGAUUUGGAGCAGUUUGGCCUGACGAAUGGCAGUACAAAAUCGAAUAGCAAUGGCUCAUCAAUCCUCGAAAACCUCAUGUCUCGUGCCAACGACUCCUCCUCCACGACGGGUCGCUACCGUACCCCAGAAGUCCUCUCACUGGACGCCCGUCAGCUACUCGAACGUCUACCCGACCUACAGUACCUCCAGUCGGAAGUCCUCAUGUUCCCCGUCGGCACUAAUCUUCCUCAUUGA